ACCAAUCGCCUUUCAGCCGUUCAAAUCCCUCAACGGUCACAGCUCGAAGCCUCUAACGAUAAGGGAAAAACCCCAAACGCAUGAAGCGGAUGCAGAAUUGUCUCAGCCAGAUUAUCGUCAGACUCGUCUCAUCGAUGGAAAAUUCCAAUAUUGCCCCCAAGAAAAUGAAGAAAUGCCUCCUUCCAUUAGCAGCUUCCCUCCUCCUCUCCACUCUCCUCAUCUUCGCCUCCCUCUUCUCUAAUUCCUCCUCCUCCUCCAAACCCUCUUACAAAAUUCCAGAAUUGCCCCUGUUCGUGGAAUCGAAAUUACACUCCCCGCCACCGUCUUCCCGCCCGGUCCCACGCCUGGCCUACCUCAUCUCUGGAUCUGUCGGCGAUGGCGGCAGUCUCAAGAGGACCCUUAGAGCUCUCUACCACCCGCUCAACCAGUAUGUUGUCCACCUAGACCUCGAGUCGCCGCCCGCCGAGCGAAUGGAGCUCGCCGAGUUCGUGAUGGGGGAUCCAGUCUUCGCCGCGGUGGGGAAUGUGCGGGUUGUCGUGCGGGCGAAUCUCGUUACGUAUAGGGGGCCCACGAUGGUGGCGAACACGCUCCACGCUGCCGCGAUCUUGCUGAAGGAAGGUGGGGAUUGGGACUGGUUUAUCAAUCUCAGCGCGUCGGAUUACCCGUUGGUCACGCAGGACGAUCUGCUUCACACGCUGUCAAGUUUUCCCAGAGACCUGAACUUUCUUGAGCAUACAAGCGACAUUGGAUGGAAAGAGUUCCAUAGAGCCAAGCCACUGAUCAUUGAUCCUGGCUUGUAUAGCUUGCAAAAAUCGGAUGUGUUCUGGGUUUCAGAGAAAAGGAGCUUGCCUACGGCAUUUAAGCUCUUUACAGGUUCUGCCUGGAUGAUGCUUUCUCGUCCAUUCAUCGACUAUUGUGUAUGGGGAUGGGAUAAUCUCCCACGAACAGUCCUGAUGUACUACGCCAACUUCCUCUCCUCACCCGAGGGCUACUUCCAUACAGUCAUCUGCAAUGCCCAAGAGUUCUGCAACACCACUGUCAACCACGACCUGCACUUCAUAUCUUGGGACAACCCUCCCAAGCAGCACCCACAUUUCCUCACCGUCACAGACUUCCAGAGGAUGGUAGACAGCAAUGCCCCAUUCGCGAGGAAGUUCCACGGGAAUGACCCGGUGCUCGAUAAGAUUGAUAAGGAGCUCUUGGGCCGGGAUCCUGAAGGGUUCGUUCCAGGCGGAUGGUUCAGAGGAAAAGAGAUGAAUGCCAGCGAUAUGCAUUAUGUUAUAGACAAUAUAACUGAACUCAGACCUGGGCCAGGUGCGGAAAGGUUCAAACGCCUUAUCACUGGCUUACUUUCGGAGAAUGGUUUUGGCGAGAAGCAUUGUAUCUGACCAGUACACUCAACUGACACUGUAAGCUACUGAAAUCAGAAGCUUACUCAACAUGGUCAACUGCUCCCCAUUGUUGCAGCCUCAAAUGCCUUCUGGUUCAACAGUGACAGGUGGAUGAUCUGAUUGGUUACGAGCCACUGGGGUGAAAGGAGCAUGUCUCGACUACAUGUAUGUCAUUGUUGUAUGUGCCCUCUCUACAUUUUCAUCCAUGCACAAUCUGUGUGCUGUAUUUUUGUGAAAUGGCCCCAUAGCAUGGUUAAUGUAUGUAUGUGAGGAAAUGGGCAUCCAUUGCAGCUAUUUUGAUGCAUUGAUGUAUUGACAUUUAGGUUGCGUUUGGAUAUUUCAUUGAACUGGAUUGCAAUUCGUUCAA